AACUUUGAAUAAACAGAACAAAAGAAAAACACUUCAAUUUAGUACUACAGUACUUACUACUAGAAGAAAAACAGCAGAGCACCUCAAAACACACACUCUCUCUCUUUCUCUCUCAUCAAGCAAGGCAUUCAGGAGAGAGAAAAUAGAAAGACUCCUCAGUCCUCAGUCCUACUGCUAGUACCCACAAAUAUUUAAAAACCGCGUCUUUUUUUUUCACUUAAAUUUCCUCUGUUUUCUGCAGUUCUUGGAUCUUCAUUUUAAAAACCCUACUCAGAGAUAUCAGAUCUAUUGAUUAUCUUACCUGGGUUUUUUCAAAAUGACAUUAUAGUUUUCGAUUUGACCCAGAAAAAUCCAAAUAAAAUUUUGUACAAAAAUGGCGAGUUCGGACCCGAAUAAGAAGCCCAAACCCGGCCCAUGGCCUCCGGUGCCGGAAUCAAAGCCAAUGCCGCCGACUUCAUGGGCUAAGAAAACUGGGUUUCGGCCCAAGUUUUCAGGCGAGACCAAUGCAAGUGAUUCCGGCCCAAUUGGGUCAGUCCCUAAGUCGAGGGGUUCAGAUUCUGUUGUUGAUCUUGAAUUGGGCCGUUCGCGGCCUCUUCCGACGGCAAAUGGGCCCCCACCACCGCCACCUGCGACUGCUCCGGCGGCGGCGGUGGCGGAGAAGGAGGUGGUGCCGGUGAAGAGGAGGAGAGAUUCGGAUGGUGGAAGUGGUGGUGGUGGGGCGAAGGGGCCGGUGCCGCUUGCGAACGGGCAGGCGGCCGAGGGAGGGGGACGACGUGCGGCGGGCAGGAGUGAGGAAGGUGUUGAGGUGGUGCCUCAGGCUCAGAAUGUAGAUGAUGAUGGGUUUGUGGGGAGGCAGUCUCAUAUGAAAUAUGAGCUCAGAGAUAGUCCUGGACUUGUACCCAUUGGUUUUUAUGGUCUCCAACAUUUUAUUUCGAUUUUGGGCUCAAUAAUUCUGAUUCCGCUCGUGAUAGUACCAGCAAUGGGUGGCUCUUAUGAGGAUACAGCCAAUGUAGUGUCUACGGUGCUCUUCGUGACUGGAGUAACGACGCUUUUGCAUACGUUCUUUGGGACAAGAUUACCCUUAAUACAAGGGCCUUCAUUUGUAUAUCUGGCUCCAGCUCUUGCAAUAAUAAAUUCCACAGAGUUCCAAAAGUUGCAUGGAAAUAACUUCAAACAUAUAAUGAAGGAGCUCCAAGGGGCCAUCAUAAUAGGCUCAGCAUUUCAAGCAUUUUUAGGGUAUAGUGGAUUGAUGUCAUUUUUAGUCAGGGUUAUUAAUCCGGUGGUUGUGGCUCCAACUAUUGCUGCUGUGGGGCUUUCUUUUUAUAGUUAUGGCUUCCCGCAAGUGGGAACUUGUCUUGAGAUUGGUGCUGUGCAGAUAUUGCUUGUGAUAAUCUUUUCUCUUUACAUGAGGAAAAUAUCUAUUCUUGGUCACCGUGUAUUUCUAAUUUAUGCGGUUCCCUUGGGUCUGGCAAUCACCUGGGCUGCUGCAUUUCUUCUGACUGCAGCAGGUGCAUACAGCUACAAAGGUUGUGAUCCAAAUGUACCUACAUCAAAUAUCAUAUCUGAGCACUGUAAAAAGCAUGUUAUGAGAAUGAAGCAAUGCCGUGUUGAUACUUCUCAUGCACUAGGAAUGGCACCAUGGUUUAGAUUUCCUUAUCCUUUGCAAUGGGGUACUCCUGUAUUCAGCUGGAAAAUGGCUCUUGUUAUGUGCUUUGUCUCCAUUAUCGCAUCAGUAGAUUCUGUUGGUUCAUAUCAUGCAUCGUCCUUGUUAGUGGCCUCCAGACCUCCAACACCAGGUGUUCUUAGUCGAGGGAUUGGUCUGGAAGGACUCUGCAGUGUUUUAGCUGGCCUCUGGGGCACAGGGACCGGAUCUACAACACUCACUGAAAAUGUGCAUACUAUUGCUGUGACUAAAAUGGGAAGUCGGAGAGCAGUUGAACUAGGUGCAUGUGUUUUCAUCGUCUUAUCUCUUAUAGGUAAAGUUGGAGGUUUUAUUGCUUCAAUUCCUCAAGUCAUGGUUGCGGCUCUCCUUUGCUUCAUGUGGGGGAUGCUUACUGCGUUAGGUUUAUCAAAUCUACGUUACAGUGAGGCUGGAAGUUCUAGAAACAUUAUCAUUGUUGGACUCUCCCUCUUCUUCUCUCUUUCCAUACCAGCUUACUUCCAGCAAUAUGGAAUCUCCCCAAAGUCUAAUGUUUCUGUACCAAGUUAUUUUCUUCCGUACAUUGUAGCCUCUCAUGGGCCCAUCCACACAAAUUACGGAGGGCUUAACUAUCUUCUGAACACAUUACUAUCAUUCCACAUGGUGAUUGCAUUCCUUGUGGCUUUGAUCUUGGAUAACACCGUACCUGGCAGUCGACAAGAACGCGGUGUAUAUGUGUGGUCGGAAGCUGAGGCUGCCAGGAGAGAACCUGCAGUCACCAAAGACUAUGGUUUGCCAUUCAGAGUGGGCCGAGCUUUCAGAUGGGUUAAAUGGGUUGGUCUUUAAGAAGUUGUAGUAUCAUUUCCAUUUUUACUUGUCGAAAGACACGUGUGGAGGACGCGGGUUGAAAGAGUGAGAAAACAGGCUUGCUGCUCGAGGUUCAAUGUUAUGCCCCAUUUUGGCCGAUACAAUGUAGCAGCGCUCUAAGGAGGUGAGUUAUGUACAUCCUAGUACGUUGUAAUGUAAUAUUAAAUUGUAGUACAGGGAUUUUGUAUGUACGUAGUAGUAAUUUUUUUAUUUUUUAUUUUCUGAGUUAUUGCACUUUUUACUUUUGGGUGUUUGCUCCCAUUAUUAGCUUUUAGCAUAUUCAUUUGUUAUGUAACUGGGGUCUCGCAUCUGCUGUUAUGGUGCUCCUGCGCUUUCUUUUUCCUUUUCGUCAUAUUGAUUUGAGUAUAUAUACCA